AUGAAUCCGCCUUUACCUCAUCCACACCAGGCGGCAGCCCACCCGGGCGAGAGGCCUCAUUUUUCCUUCAACCCGUCGAGUUCCGUAAACCUUGAUUACCUAGCAAAUCAGAUGAACAAUGUCGAUAUUCAGCAAGAAAGAUUCAGCCCAAGUACCGAGUCGAGGUCAAGGGACUUCACUGCGAAUGCCGACACCGGUGAGCAUACGGGGGCAUACUAUGUUGGCUACACAUUCUUCAAGGCGCCGGCUGCCCCAGGAUAUCAACCAUCGUGGAAAAGAGUUGAGAAGACCAAGAUGAACUUGAGGCAGAAUGACCUUGCCGACCUAGUACGGAAGGGAUCCAAGAAGAGAUCAGUCGCAGAGCAAUACCAGAGUCUUUCAAAUAUGAAACGACCCCAUGUGGAUCGGCUGGUUGAGAGCCUUCAACAGAGUAACCCUCACUUACAAUGGAUCUGCGUUUAUGUAAAGGAGGACACCCGAGACCUCAAAGGCAAGAACUUUCGUCGCCGCGAGUAUGAAACCACAUCAAUGCAUGUCAUCCUCAUGGGAAAACCGACGAAUCGACCAACACCAACUUCCCAAGUGCCCAAACAGCUCAGAGACCGGGGACCGCUUCAGGGCCAGCGUCCUUUGUCAGAGAGUCAACAUAGACCCUUCGUCGGGCAUGGUCUCUACAAUGACGUACGGGGCAUGUCGGGCUAUCCUCAGAUGCCUAUGCCACCCCAAAUGCAUAGCAUGCAAACAGGCCCUACACAGAUACACCAGCAGGGUCCUGUUUCUUUUCACCCGCCACCAGAAAAUGUGAUGAGGGAGCCAUCAUAUCCGGAAGAAGCUGAGCGAACACAUAAUGCUCCCAGAAAUCAACCAACGCCGGCGCCAGUUGUUCACAACCAUAAGCACCCUGCCCCUGCGCCAGCUAUCAAGCCCAAUCCACCAGAACAUGGUGCUCCAAGAGUUACAGUACAACCGGAUCGCAAAGAUCAUAAGAAAGAGAGUGCCCAUCAGAACAUGUCUCGUGACCGCAAAACCCAGGCGAAGGUCAAGCAUGAUCAGUUGCCAAAACAGCGCCCUGAGCCAGAACCGGAUCUAGUGUACGACAGUGCUAGCAGUGAUGAAUUACCAACCCAAGAAAAUGACUAUGACAUUUCAGGUGAAGAGUUCUCAAGCCGUGAAACCAAGGCACUGAAGAUCCCAGAGCCCUGGCGAGGGAGUCUCUACCGUGGCCAUUCGUCCUCGCAGUCUCGCCGUAACUACCGCACCCACUAUCGGAAAGACCCGAGUUAUCGGAGGGAAUCGCAUCGGGCUGGCAACAAUGGGUACAGAGGAUACCGGGAUGAGAGUGUUAUCGACAUUGUUCCGGCGGACUCAAAGCAUACUACGAAACAUGCGAUUAGGAGGUAUGACGGUAGCCGACAGUGGGCGGCCCAGCCAAGCAUCGUUCACCAACAGCCUAGCAAAGACGAGGUAGAACUGCUUAUGAGCCAGAUCCGUGAACGAGCACAAAACGAUAUCCGCAGUCGGAUGCUAGGGGAUUGGGAAGCAGACCUCAUAGAUCGUGAGCACUUAUUCGAAUAUCAAAAGCAGCUGUUUAGGGACACCCUUCGCACCGAGCGAAUGGACGAUGUCGGUCUGAUGAACCGCGCAAGGUCCCUGCGUGAGCACCCCACAAAUACUCGUGGCUAUCUGCCGAGGGCCCUGCAUUAUUAUUAA